UUUUUUCGUCUGAAUGCCAUCCAACGGGCAAAGCGACAUUAAGGCGUACUCAAGCCCCAAAGUAUGCUACUACAAACCGUCCUCCGUGCCCGUUCUCCUCUUUUGCGCAGUUACGCAGCUGUAUCCACUCGAUCUCUUUCAGCUCUAGUUGACUCGAAAUGGGUGCGCAACGCACAGGACUCUGGUAAACCGGAGCUACUGCUUCUGGACUGCAACCACCCAGCCUCGUACCCUCGCGGGCAUAUCCCCGACGCUAUUCCCCUCACGUUGGCCUCAUCAUUGCUCAAGGACCCGACGCCGCAGUCUACGGGCGUCGUGAGCCCACAGCUGUUUGCAGAUGUAGUGAAGCAACUUCAGGUCCCCAAACACGCGACACUUGUGUUUUAUGACGACGAAAUGAGUCUCAAGGCCACGCGCAUGUGGUGGGUUUUCCGUCACUAUGGCUUCCCAGUCGAGCAACUUAAGGUGCUGGACGGAGGUCUCACGCAAUGGGUUGCUGAUGAUAACGCAGUAGAAACGGGGGAGCUUGAAAACCGAGAAACGCCUUCAGCGCUCUGGACGCAGCCUGUGGACACGCAGAAGCUCGUCGGCUUUAAGGCGGUGCAGGAAGGUAUUGCGGACCCUGCCACACAGUUCGUGGACGCGAGAUCCCCUGGCGAGUACUGGGGUGAGGAUGCCAAUGGCAAUGCACGCACAGGCCACGUCCCUGGAGCUGUUAACUUCAAUUGGAUGGAAGGCGUGGAUUUUACCCAGAACGGAAAGUUUAAGAGCAAGGAAGAGUUCGACAAGGUGUUUAUGGAUAUUUUCCACCUCGACAAGGAGAAACCAGUUAUGACGUACUGCCAGCGUGGAAUUCGGGCUGCCCACACGGCAUUUGCUCUGGAGCAGGUGAUGGGGUUCAAGGACGUCAAGAUCUACGAAGACUCGAUGCUGCAGUAUCUUAACCGGGACGAUUCCGAAGUGGUGAAGCAGUAAACUGGUUGUUAGCUGCGUAGAGAUUGCGGGAUCUACACAACAAGCUGAAUAAAUACUGUGGAAAACUCGUACUGUAGUGGCUAAAGUUACGAGUUCAUAAGAAAUCAGGUGGCUUGAGAUCCUAAUUGUAGAAACCUCUUCGACCGGGAAUACUAGAAGCUGCGAAGUUUGCGUGUUGAUGCUUACUUGAGCAAGCCACAGACACCACACCACCUCUCGGCACAUAAUUGGUAGCAGGCA